CAUUAUGGGGGUGGUGAAAUACCACACUGUGGAAAGGUUCGCCUCGCCGUGCAGUUAGACAAGCGACACGUUCUGCUGGAGUUCUUCAUAGUAAAGAAGAAGCAAGCAAUUUUGGGCCUCGAGGCUAGUGAGCAACUUGGUCUGGUCAACAGAGUCAACGCGGUGGACAACAGCGACGGAUACGCAAGCCUAAAGCAGACAUAUCCAAGACUAUUCACCGGCAUUGGAAGGACGCGGCGCGAGUACAAAAUGGUGCUUCGAGAGGACGCUGUCCCCGUAGUACAGCCAACCCGGCGCGUGCCUUACGCACUCAGAAAGCCACUCAAGAAAGAGCUCGACCGGAUGUGUGCCGCGAACAUCAUUGAGAAAGUGGAAGAGCCGUCGGACUGGUAUGUUCCAGGCAGCAAAUUAGUUGUUGCUGACACCUUGUCAAGAAUCCCCGCACAGGAACACCCAGGCAAGGGCACAACAGAUGUUGAAGUUCAUGCUGUUGGCGUCCUUACUUCAAGUGUGGGUCCAGCCACCCUCUCCCGUCUGCAGGCAGCAACGGCCAGUGAUGAAACGCUGCAAGAUGUCAUUUUGAGAUUGCAGUCGUCAAUCCCACAUACAAUUUCAAGUCCGCAUUUUCCCAGAUCCAACGGACUCGCCGAGAAGGGCGUCCAAGUGAUCAAGCGCAUUCUGGACAAGACGGAGAGGAGUAAAGAGGAUUUCUAUUUGGGCCUUCUGAACUACAGGGUGUGUCCUCUUGAGGAUGGCCGGUCGCCAUCAGAGCUGCUGAUGGGACGAAGUCUCAGAACGCUGCUUCCAGAUUUCUCAGUGUCACCCCCAAGGCCCGUGCGAAAACAUGUGCAAGCAAAGACCCCAAGAAGGUCACUUGCUCUAUUACAGAAGGGAGACGUCGUCCGCGUUCUCAAUGAUGGUAGAUGGGAAAUAAAAGCACAAGUCCAAGAUCUCGUGGCGCCAAGGUCGUACACCGUUCUGACAGAAGAUGGCCGGGUUUUCCGUCGAAAUAGACAACACCUCCGCAAAACGCCAGAAGCGUUCUGUCGAUUCUCCCAUUACAACGCCGACGACAGCGACGACACCUCCGAUUCAUCUACAAGUGGAGCCAUACCGCAGGGGCCAGAACCUCCGCAGGGUACGCAGGACCGACCGCCAGCCGGCACCUCAGGCUUACCGAACACUGACGACUUCUGCCGACGAUCCACUAGACAACAAAGACUACCAUCUCGCCUGACCUACACUCACGGAUUCCAGCAGAGUGAAACAGCCUAG